AUGCUCGUAGAUCACACUGCUCGAAGCAUCCUCGCCCUUGUUGGGAUGGCUGUGCUUCUGGCUAUCUUCAUCAGAAUACCUGGUGCCUCAGGCUACUUUGCCUGGUUCACACACAGAUGCCUGCGAUCCACAACCAACAAGGCUGGGCUGGAAGCCGUUCCUCAUCUCUCACCUCAUCCAUCUUAUCGUAUCUCAUCUCGCGAGCAUCGUGCUGGUCGAUCUGUCGCAAUUACGAUCGGUACCGCCCAUGCAUGGUACCAUGAGGCGACCGUUAACACGCGGAGUGCACCCAUCAUCCCAGCAUAUACCCUCGGUUUACCCAUCCACAACUUGGAUCAUGGCAUUGGUAGCACGUCACCAGCCAUGGGACAACGAGGGGUGCAGCACGAGCUGCCCAAGCCGGAGACGAGCACCUUGAACGGCCUCAACUUCAGCCCCCGGCCUGCGGACAGCGCUGCCGAUGGCUGCCUUCAACGCCAAAUUCCAGUUUGA